AUGAACCCACGAACGCUAUUAUUAGGCGUUUUGUGGGUAGAGAGUGCGAUGGCGCUCAUCGAAAUGAGCGGUUUUCACUGCAUGAUGCGACACUCGAUGCGUAUGAAUCGACAAGUGCAUGGACAACCGCAGACUACGAAACCACCUUUUGAAUUUCAAUUUCUCGAUUCGAAUGGCCAAAAAACUUCUUAUUAUGAGCCGGGGAAAAUCUAUACUGUGCGCUUGGUAGGAUUUGUUCACUAUCGUGGUCUAUUACUGCAAAGUCGUUUAACGAAUGAAAACGGAUUUUUGAUUGGUUCACUGAAAGGUGGUCGUUUCAUUGAGACACCUGCAUGGGAUAGCUAUGGUAUUCGACUACAAGAGUGUGAUCUGCGUAUGUCAACGGCUGAUUCGGUGACACAUUCGGACGAUAGCCGUAAAUUCGUCACUCAGCUCGAAUGGACGUCUGAUAAGGAUAUUGGUGCGGUGCAGUUCAUGUUAACAAUUGCCGAAGAAGACGAAAUCUAUUGGGAGCGCUGGCGUCCACGUUCCGGUUUCAUUCAACCGAUCAGUUUUCGCGGUAGACGUAUAACAAUAAUCAACGAGGUUUUUACGGACGAAAAAGCUGCUAUGCGAUUAGCGGACACUGCAAUAAGCGCUGAAAACAGUUCGUUGGGAAAACCUCACAGACUACAUGGUAUCGCCGUUUUUGAUGGACCUACGCCAGUGUUUGGUCACUUAAGGCUCACAUCCAGUGAACGGUAUAAGAAUGACUUCGAGGAAUUGCGUCGUGAAUCCGAUUCGUUUAACUCGCAAAAGAAUGCAGUGUCAACAGGCGAAGAUUCGUCUCUGUCGAGAACAUUUCGCCCCAAUUUACCGUUCUCUCCGCCCUCUCAGCCAAGAAUUAUCCCACAAUUUGUUGCAGAAACAAAAUCCACUGAGCAAAUUAUUACUUCUAACAAUGACCACAACACUACGAUCGUACUCAGUAAAACGAUGAGCACAAGAAAACCAGCAAUAUGUAAGGAGGAUCAAUGCAAGAAUGGAGCCAAAUGUGUGCGCGAUAGAGAAGGAAUUGAUGGUUUUCUUUGCGAUUGCGCACCUGGAUGGACGGGAAUCAGGUGUGAAGGAGAUUGUGGCGUCAAUUUUUGUAAGCACAAUGGAACUUGUACCGAGAAACGAAACGGUGAAUUGGGUUGUAAAUGUCCAUCAGGUUCAGCGGGUGAACACUGUGAACGAGGACCUUGUCAAGAUAUUUACGGUAGUUGCAAGCUAUGGCAACGUCAAGGUCAGUGCGAGCUCAUGCGCUACCACACAAACUUCUAUGACCUGAACUGUGCUGUUUCGUGCGAGCAAUGUACUGCAAAUAAUUCGACAGCUUUAACGAAAACGCCUAUACCAACAACCCUCCUUCCGUUGGCAUGGAUGCUAGGCGUUUGGAAAGCCGACGUGAAUGGCACUCGAAAUAACACAAUUGAUUUUCCGUUUGACUUUCAUUCGAACGGCUAUGUGGAAACGUUGACGAUUUCGCUUCAAACUCCGCUUAUGUUCGGUACACCAAGCAUUAAUUUCACAUCUAUAGCAAUCAGCAAAAUCGAUCCGCGUGAUCAGCAUAUUAUGAACGGAUUUUUAUCGAUUCGAAAUCGCCCUGAAGAAACGCCACUAGUGGCAAUCAGUUCAGUCAGCAAUUCAGGCACAAUAUUAAUUGAAGAAGGUGAACUGUUGGGUACAUCGAUGAUUUUGAAACCUCGCUAUCAAUUCAGUCAUCCUUUGAUCGACCAAAAUCAACUCGGACAAAUGAGCCGAACGUUUCUGAAAAAUGGUAAAAAACUGCUACAGUCGAUCAACAGGAAGCGUGCAGAUGGUCGCAAUGAUCUCGUCAACAAGCAUUACAAGAAGAUCGAAGUGAUCCAAUAUUUGUAG